UGUCGUGUGGUAUUUGAGUUGUUCAUCCUGAGGAGGAAAACGAAAGAGAAAUAAAAGAGGGGUGUUUCGCUUCGAAGAGAGGCAUCUGUCUUUAUUGUUCUUGUUCUCCCGUCAACGCUUGUUCUUCCACAAUUCUCUUCGAUCUUCGUCUCGAUUGCGGUUUACGGCCAUGGCCACCAGCGGAAACAAGAACAUUAAUGCCAAAUUAGUGCUUCUUGGUGACGUUGGUGCUGGGAAGUCAAGUUUAGUGUUGCGGUUUGUGAAAGGGCAGUUUGUAGAAUUUCAGGAAUCAACCAUUGGUGCUGCCUUUUUCUCUCAAACAUUGGCUGUAAAUGAUGCUACUGUGAAAUUUGAAAUCUGGGAUACAGCAGGGCAGGAGAGAUACCAUAGUUUGGCUCCAAUGUACUAUAGAGGUGCCGCUGCAGCUAUAAUUGUCUAUGAUAUUACCAAUCAAGGUUCAUUUGAUCGGGCAAAAAAAUGGGUUCAAGAACUCCAGGCACAAGGCAAUCCAAAUAUGGUCAUGGCUUUAGCUGGGAACAAAUCAGAUUUGUUGGAUUCUAGGAAGGUUGCUGUAGAGGAUGCCCAAACAUAUGCGCAGGAGAAUGGCCUUUUCUUCAUGGAAACCUCUGCAAAAAGUGCUGCUAAUGUCAAUGACAUCUU